AUGGAAGCAUCCAGAGCAGAGAGAGCAUCCAGGAGUGUGGACACCCUAGACCCUGACCUAAGUGACCACGACAAGAGCCAGAAGCUCCGAGAGGUUUUUAACUUGGAUUUCCCAGACAACAACUUCCUGCUCAAGACUCUGACUGUUGUGACCGGCACUGAUAUGGUGGAUCUCACAUUCCACAACUUUGUCUCCUACAAAGAGAGAGUUGGCAAGAGCUGGGCUGAGGAUAUCAUGGCCAUCGUUAGAAACCCACUGACAUUCAAUGCAUCUCGCUACACUUUCCUGGAGAAAAUUAUUUUUCAGCUGUUUCCUGCAGACAGGAAGAGGGUAGAAGCUGCAUUACAUGCUUGUCACCUUCCAAAGGGCAAGAAUGAUGCGAUCAAUCCAGAGGACUUCCCUGAGAAAGUGUAUAAAACCUUCCUGAUGAACCUGUGUCCCCGUCCGGAGAUCGAUGAGAUAUUCACCUCUCACCAUUCGAAAGCCAAGCCCUACAUGACCAAAGAGCACUUGGCAAAGUUUAUCAACAAGAAACAGCGAGAUUCCCGCCUCAAUGACAUCCUUUUCCCUCCUGCCAAACCAGAGCAGGUGCAGGGCCUAAUAGAGAAGUACGAACCCAGUGGGAUUAACAUCCAGAGAGGGCAGUUGUCUCCAGAGGGGAUGGUCUGGUUCCUCUGUGGCCCUGAAAACAAUAUUGUAUCACUGGACAAAGUGGUGCUGUACCAGGACAUGACCCAGCCACUCUCACAUUACUUCAUCAACUCAUCACACAACACCUACUUGACAGCUGGCCAGUUUUCUGGCAUCUCAUCUCCUGAAAUGUAUCGUCAGAGCCUGCUGUCUGGCUGCCGUUGUGUGGAGCUGGACUGCUGGAAGGGUCGUCCCCCAGAUGAGGAGCCCAUCAUCACCCAUGGAUUCACCAUGACAACUGAGAUUCUCUUCAAGGAUGUCAUUGAGGCCAUUGCAGAAAGUGCUUUCAAAACCUCUAUCUACCCAGUUAUCCUGUCCUUUGAGAACCACGUUGACUCGCCCAAGCAGCAGGCUAAGAUGGCUGAGUACUGCAGGACCAUAUUUGGGGACAUGCUGCUGACAGAGCCACUAGAAAAAUAUCCACUGAAGCCGGGCGUUCCCUUGCCAAGCCCUCAGGAUCUCUUAGGGAAAAUCCUGAUUAAGAACAAAAAGAACCAAUCUGCAUCUGAAGAUAGGCGGGACUCUCUGAAGAAAGAGAGGAAUGAAGCUACUGACCAGCCUGUCACUGUGGAUGUCUGGGCAGGUGAUGUGACCGAAGAGGACCCAGAGGAAGAGGAGGAGGAAUCUGGAAACUUGGAUGAAGAACAGAUUAAAAAGAUGCAGUCAGAUGAGGGCACUGCUGGCUUGGAAGUGACAGCUUACGAGGAAAUGUCCAGCCUGGUUAAUUACAUCCAGCCCAUCAAAUUUGACUCCUUUGAUACCUCAACAGAGCAGAACCGAAGUUAUGUCAUCUCCUCCUUCACCGAAAUGAAGGCUUAUGAUCUACUGACCAAAUCCGCUGUGCAGUUUGUAGAAUAUAACAAGCGACAGAUGAGCCGGAUUUACCCCAAGGGCACCCGGAUGGACUCAUCCAACUACAUGCCUCAGAUGUUCUGGAACGUCGGCUGUCAAAUGGUGGCCUUAAACUUCCAGACAAUGGAUGUCCCCAUGCAACAGAAUAUGGCCCUCUUUGAGUUCAACGGCCAGAGCGGCUACCUUCUCAAACACGAAUUCAUGCGGCGUCCAGACAAGCAGUUCGACCCUUACUCUGUGGACCGUAUUGACGUGGUGGUAGCAAGCAUCCUGUCAAUAACGAUCCUUUCUGGCCAGUUCCUCUCAGAGCGCAGCGUGAAGACAUAUGUAGAAGUGGAACUGUUUGGUUUGCCAGGGGACCCAAAACGUAAAUACAGAACCAAGCUGACAUCAAGUGCCAAUUCCCUCAACCCUGUAUGGAAGGAGGAGGCUUUUGUUUUUGAAAAGAUUCUGAUGCCAGAGUUGGCUUCUCUCAGAAUUGUGGCUUUGGAGGAAGGAGGAAAGUUCAUUGGUCAACGCAUCAUUCCCAUUAUUGCUGUGCAUUCAGGCUAUCACCACGUUUGCCUUCGCAGUGAGAGUAACAUGCCACUCACUAUGCCCUCCCUCUUUGUGUACCUGGAGAUGAAGGACUAUGUCCCUGACACUUGGGCAGAUCUGACUGUUGCUCUCUCCAACCCCAUUAAGUUCUUUAAUACCCAGGACAAGAGAUUAGUGACGCUGAAACAGGGUUCUGCAGAGGGGCCUGACAUGCAGAAGAGGCUUACAGCAGCUCAAACCAACGGGAUACCAAAUUCCACCAGGACUUUUAGUUUGCAUUCUUCAAAUGGACCUGCAGGAGCUAUGGCCCUGGGGAAGGAAGAAACUAAAAAAGAAGUUGCAAAAGAAGUUGCAGAGCUCCAAACAGCCAGCCUUGAGGAACUGCAGAAGAUGAAGCUUUUUAUGAAGCUGCUGAAGAAACAGGAGAAGGAGCUGAAGGAGCUGGAGCGAAAGGGAAGCAAGCGCAGGGAAGAGCUGCUGCAGAGAUAUUCAGCCCUGUUCUCAGAGUUGGUCACCCAGUGUGGCAGGAAGAAGAUCGCAUGCCCUCGGAAAACCCAGAAAAAGAAAAGGUGUUUGAUUGUAGAGGAGGUCAGUGCAGGAGGGAAUCCAGCAGAGAUGGCAGAGAAUGCUGACAGCCGAGUCUUGGAGCUGAAGGAGAAGCUGGAAAUGGACCUAAUGCAAGUGUGGGAAGAGCAGUAUGAUGGGAUUCGGAAAAAGAAAGAGCAGCAUGCCACAGAGCAAAUUGCCAGACUAAUAGAAGUAGCAAGGGAGAAGCAGGCAGCUGAGCUGAAGGCACUGAAGGAAUCGUCAGAAAGUGAUACUAAAGAGAUAAAGAAGAAGCUGGAGGCAAAGAGACUGGACCGAAUCCAAGUCAUGACCAAGAGUACCAUUGACAAGACUGCUCAGGAGAGAUUAAAGAGAGAAAUUAAUAAUUCACACAUUCAGGAAGUGGUGCAGAUGAUCAAACUGAUGACAGAAAAGAUGAUCAAGUACCAAGAGAAACUGGAAGAGAAGCAGGCAGAUUGUUUAGAAAAGAUCAAGGAGAAAGAAAGCCAGCUCCAGAAGCAGGCGUUGGCAGAGUAUGAGGAGAAAGUGAAAACCCUUAGCAUGGAGGUACAAGAUUUGGCAAGGAACUGUGUGAAAGUCUGCUUCCCUCUGGAGGCUAAUAUCAAGAAGGAAGAAGCCCUGAACGCCAGCAGUGAAGGAAAACAAGGCUCUAAGGACCAACCAGAAGGAAAGAUACCUGUCGCUGAGAUAUCAGGGCUUGAGACCUCCAUGGCUGAGACCUCCAUAGCUCAGCCCCAAACAGAGGCCCUUCCACAGACUAGAAGCGAGUUGGAAUGUCACUUUAAGGAACCUCAUGCCAUCAGUGCACCAUUUUCCCUCGCUCAAACAGAAUAG